GUCAAAGGGAACGGGGCCUGAAAAGAGGAGUUGAACCCGUCCAAUACGUCCACUUCUCUGAAACCUGCCACACACACACACAGAGGGAAAUAGAUGCGUGGUACAGAUACACUGAACUCAUUUCCCUACAGCAGCACAGGCAGAGAGAGAGAGAGAGAGAAAGCACCAGAGAAGGAGGAGAGACACUCAGGAAGUCGACAGGGGAAGUUUAGCGGUUUCUUGCGUCACCAUUCUAUGCUGCUGCAGAGUGAAGGCUGAAGGGAAGCAUGUCCGAACGCUCGAGGUUUGACGCGUGAACGCCGCCGCGCAGGAAGCUCGGCAACAUGCGCUGAAGGCCAAAAAGGAACGGAAAACGAUCCGUGACGUGUGCACGAGGCCACGGGCACGUUAACCGAGUUGAAACGCAGCCGGCGAGCCCGCAGGAAGAGAUGCGGAGAGUCCGGAGGAAGAUCGGGAACAAGGAGAAGGUGUUCGGGUGUGAUCUGCUGGAGCACCUGACCGCCUCCUCUCAGGAGGUUCCUCAGGUCCUGCAGUGCUGCAGUGAGUUCCUAGAGAAGCAUGGCGUCGUGGACGGCAUCUACAGGCUGUCGGGGGUGUCGUCCAACAUACAGAAGCUCAGGGGGGAGUUCGAGAGCGACGGGGGUCCGGACCUGAACAAGGAUCUGUACAUGCAGGACAUCCACUGCGUCAGCUCUCUGUGCAAAGCUUAUUUCAGAGAGCUGCCGAACCCGCUGCUCACGUACCAGCUGUACGACAAGUUUGCUGAGGCUGUGGCCAUCCAGCUGGAGGAGGAGAGGCUGGUGAAGAUCAGAGAUGUGCUGAAGGAGCUGCCGCCACCUCAUCACAGGACUCUGGAGUUCCUGAUGCGCCAUCUCGUCCGAAUGGCCUCAUAUUGCUCAGAGACCAACAUGCACUCCAGGAACCUGGCCAUCGUCUGGGCCCCCAAUCUGCUCAGGUCAAAGGACAUCGAGACAUCUGGGUUCAACGGCACGGCGGCCUUCAUGGAGGUCAGGGUUCAGUCCAUCGUGGUGGAGUUCAUCCUCACACACGUCCCUCAGCUGUUUCCAGAACAAGGUGAAUCCAAUGAAAGAAGGAAGUCCCUCCCCUCCCCGUCACCGAUGGCCAAUCAGGAGGAAGGGUUUUUCAAGGCCCCUCCCACUCCUCUUUUCCCCCACUUCGGUCACAUAAGUCCGGGAGACGGUCCCCCGGCCAUCAGACCGUACCACGCAAUCAUCGAAGGCACCGACAAGAGGAAAGGAUCUCUCAAAGGCAGGAAGUGGAUGUCCAUCUUCAACAUCGCGGGGCGGUUCCCCGACCCGCGGCGGAGACACAAGCACUCAUCCAAAGAGAAAGACGGGCCGGCUUUGAGACCAGCGAGAAGCAUGGACUCCCUCAGCAUGUCGCCCUUUCCAAAAGAAGGUUCCAAACGUGCCCCCCAGUGUCCUGCCCCCACCACCCAGUCCCCCCUCCUCACCCCCUCCCCCCAGUCUGCCUCCGAGGUCACGGCCUCCUCCGGCGCAUUAGGCGGCAGCGAGUACGCCGUGACCUACCGCAGGGGGACGGGUCUGGUGAGCGGGGGUACGGGGACCCAGGGCACCUACACGUGUCUGGACCCCGAAGGCCUCGGACUCGCGGACGGCGAGACUCUCCAGUCCAGAUCCCCGGGGCUCUCCGCCAAAGGCCGACGGGCGGCCAUGCACAUCACGGGGCCCACCAUGGUGACGGUGCCCCUGCACAUCACCUCGAACCUGGCGCUCGGGGUGCUGCAAGGGGGCGGGGGCAACCGGGUCUUCCUGCGGGGCAGGGAGAGCGAAGGAGGAGACCACCACCGGGCGGAGGGCAAGGAGGGAGGAGACAAGGUGUGGAGGAGGGAAAGCAGAGGAGUGGAAAGGAAGGCCGAAGACGGCAGAAAGGUUGAGGAAGAGGAGAAAGGUCACGGGGGGAAGGUGACGGACGGGGGUGAUGGUGGGGAGAAAGCAAGGGAAGGAAAGAAGGAGGAGGAGGAGGAGGAGGAGGAGGAGGUCAGAGGUGAACGUAGGUGGAAGCCGGAGCCAGCGGUGGAAGGUGGAGGCGUGUCCAGAGAGCAACGAGCCAAAAGCCCAACCUCAAACGCCGAGGAAAAUAAAGAUGUCGAGGACGCCGAUGAAUACAUGGACAUGGAAGGCAGGAAGCCGGUUGGCUGCGGCGGCGACGCCGGAGCGCUGGACGCUUCCGACGUCCUCAAUUCAACGGAAGCGGAGGAGGAGGACCAGGAGCUGUCGGGCUACGUUCAGGACAACUUUGAAUUCCUGGACCACAUGGACUGCAGCGCCCCCCAUCAGGUGAACGAGUUCUCCGUUGAACCUCCGGGCCACUCGGACGACGAGUACGAAUUUAUGCAGCAAACUCCUCCCGCGGAGCCGCAGACGGAGCUGAAGGCGGAGCUGAAGGCGGAGCUGAAGGCGGAGCCGCAGACGGAGCUGAAGGCGGAGCUGAAGGCGGAGCUGCAGACGGAGCCGCAGACGGAGCUGAAGGCGGAGCUGAAGGCGGAGCCGCAGACGGAGCCGCAGACGGAGCUGAAGGCGGAGCUGAAGGCGGAGCCGCAGACGGAGCUGCAGACGGAGCUGAAGGCGGAGCUGAAGGCGGAGCCGCAGACGGAGCUGCAGACGGAGCCGCAGACUGAGCUGAAGGCGGAGCUGAAGGCGGAGCCGCAGACGGAGCUGCAGACGGAGACACAGACGGAGGUGCAGACGGAGCUGCAGACGGAGCUGCAGACGGAGCUGCAGACGGAGCCGCAGACGGAGCUGCAGACGGAGCUGCAGACGGAGCUGCAGACGGAGCCGCAGACGGAGCUGCAGACGGAGCUGCAGACGGAGCUGCGCCCGGGCCCCGACACUCCCACCCGGAGCCCGACUGAGUUCAAACCACACAGGCCGCUCAGCGUGGACUCACAGAACCGGCACACCAAAUCCCUCAGCCUGCCGUACAUGACGUGCCCCGUCUUCGGGUCGGAGGAGUCGUGCUCCGAGGAGGAGGCUGCAGUGGAAGACAGCGAUGACAACGAGUACAGCAGCGAGGAGGAGGAGGAGGAGGAGGAGGAGGAGGAGGAGGAGGAGGAGAGCAUGUUCACUCGAAGCCUUCCUGCCAGUUUCUUUUUACAGAAUCCUCCUUUUGAAACGGACGCCGGUGAACGGGACGAGUCUUCUGCAUUUAAAGAAUCAGCAGCCGGCGACCAGGAGGAGGAAGAAGGGAACGAGAAAGGAGAUGAAGAUGGACUGAGAGAAGAGGAGGAAGAUCACCCUGGAAGAGACCAACCGGGAAACAACAUGCAGAGCGAAGUGUCGGACGAAGACGUCGAGGAAGACGUCGAGGAAGACGUCGAGGAAGACGUCGAGGAAGACUCUCAAAGUGACAAAGAACCACCUCUCCCUCCGGAGGAACCGAGCGCUGAGGCCGACCUGAAGGUGGAGGAGGAGGAAGACGAGGACGAGGAGGACGAGGACAUGGCGACGGAGACGGCGGCGGCGUUGGACAUGUUGGACGGUCAUCGCAGUGAUCGUCCAACAUGUGGUGAAGUUCCUUGUGCGAACACCGGGGACAUUUCUGUGGAGGAGUUGGGAGACUCUUCUGUCGGGGCAACGAAGGACAGAGGCCGCGAGGAGGGAGGGGACAGCGAGGUAAACGAAGAGGUAGAGGACGCAUGUCAAGAACUGGUGCUAGAGAGGAAAGGAAGUGAGGGUAACAUGUGGGGAGAACCCCCCGAGGAAGGGGGAGGAGACCAAGAGCAGGACGGAGCAGUGUGUAGGACCGCAGGGGGAACUUGUGUUGAACUUGAGGAUGUCACGUGUGAAGAGAACGAGGUUGAGGAAAGGAAGCCGGUCGAGGAGAAGGAUGCAAGUGUUGCCGGGGAGGGGGACGCGGUCGAAGGGGUCGGAGUCGGAGAAGAGGAAGUGCCGGCGGCAAAGGUUUCAGGAGAGGAGACGUCGGAAGUCGACGAAGGAAACGAGGCAGGAGUCAGAGUCGAGGUAGCGGAGGAAACGAGGACCGAGGACAAGUGCACGGAGCCGGAGACGCAGCGAGGGUUUGAGGAAAAGGAGGCGAGCUCACCAAAGACAAGUGAACUGGAAGAGCCGCUUCGAGGGAAGCGUCCCGACAGAGGAGAAGGCGGCGACGAGCGGCCGAGCGUAGCCGAGCAACCGAAAGAGGCGAGGAAGUGGACGGGCGAGGGAAGCGACGCCGGCCGGGGAGGAGUCGGGGGGAGAGUGGUCACCUCCAAACACCCGAGGGUGUACCAGGUGAAGGCGGUGCCGGUCGUGCCUCCGAAGCCGCAGCACUGCAAAAUCACCGCCAUGACCCUCCGACAGCAGCAGCAGCACCGGCGGCGGCCCGGAGAGGAACAAGAUGGCGGCGUGGGGGAAAUCGCGGCGAGGGUCCCGACGGAGCACGAGAAGGUCCUCGAGGGCGAAGACGAGGGCAAGGGGAGGAAGGAGAGGCCGACGCUCAGGGGAGGGGAGACGAGGAGGAGGAGGAGGGACGGGGAGGAAGACGCCACCGGGGACGCGAGCGGAAACAGUCCGCUCAGCAUGUGCUUCGACGAGGCCGUCGCCAAGGCGACCAUGAGGCGCGAGAGAGAGAAGGAGUGCGAGAAGGAGAAGGAGAGGCAGAGGGAUUGGGGAAAUGAAGGACAGUGAAGCUCUUUUCUUCUUUCUUUUCUCGGCCUGUUGAUUUGAAGCGAUUUGACUGUACAAACAAUUUUUCUAUGUAUUUUCCCCUCAGAAUAAGUCAUAAUAAUUAAAGAAGUAUUUUUUUUUAGAGAGCGAUAAUGAGGGAACAAAGGAUGCUAAUAAAUGAAUAGCUGCAAUGAUGCUGCCCUGAAGUUAAAUACAACUGAAACUGUUAGAGGCGGGACUAAAGCUGCUGAAACAUGCUGAAGAUGAGACGUCACUCCAGGUCUGUAAAACGUUAACAGAUAUAAAGUAAAGCGAUCAGUUUUAAAUACAGCUCACUCUCGUCUGCAGCUGUGGUCCAAUUACACUUUGUAGUUAUAUAAAGUAUUUGUAUCGUAUACGGCGUAUGAAUAAACACAUGGUUAAAUGCUAGAUUUGAAAGAGGAUGGAUGAUGAAUAUAAUGUAUGCAAAAGUAAAGGUUAUUUCUUGUUAUGGGGAAUAAAAAGAUGGUUUCUAAA